GUUAAUCAUGAUAGCAUGGGGCUUUUGCUGCUGAUUGACGCGUCCUCGGUGACCGUGGCCAGAGGUCAGCUUAGCGUGGAAGAUUUGUGUGAAGUGAAAGAGUUGUGCAGCGGCAUUGCUUGCAUUUCCAUGGGAGCGGCACAAAUAGGAGGCUGGGCUGUGGGAGCUUUAGAUGUGAACCACCUUGCCAUCUCUCAUCUUCGUGAUAAUGGACAUCCCAACCCAAUCCAGGGCUCAGUGCUACGAGAUGGUGACAUUUGUCGCAUGCACUUGCUGAAUGGAGCCAAACGAGGCACCUUGUCAGCAGGCUUUCCCUGCCAGCCUUUUUCGAAGCAGGGAGACGCCAAGGGCAUGGGAGACAGCAGGGCGGCAGUGUUCAUGGGUGUCGCACGAGCUGCAUGGCUCAUGCAGCCAGGGCUGAUUUUGCUAGAGUGUGUAGUGGAGGCUGGUGUUGUACCUGAGAUCCAAAACACCCUGGUUCAGCUGGCAGAGGGCUUGGGUUUUGGCAUUCGCACCAUUGAGCUUGCUUUGGAGGAGCUGUGGCCCUGUCGGCGCCACAGAUGGUGGGCAGUGAUUACCUCACAUGCUUGGCUGCCCACUUGUUUGCGAUCAUGGCCCAGCUUUUCAUUUCCUCGUGUCAGUGAUGUGAUUCCAGCAUGGCCGAUUUGGCCUGAACAUGAAGAAGAUCAACUUGAACUGAAUGGCGUUGAGCUGCAUGCAUUCCAUGAGCCUAGCUUCGGACUGGAGGACCGAGCCCUCUGGUUGCUUGCUCAGAUUUGGUGUCCUUUGUUUGCGAAUUUGCCAUCUCCAGAGAAGGCUCUCAAGAACUACCUUGAUGACCUGCUUCGUCGACGGUAUCAUGUGUUCCCACCACAGUCCAUUCCUGAUCGCCAGUUGACACAUGUCUGGAGUGCUCUUGGCAGUGAGCUUGUUGCAUCAGUGGGCAUCCACAGGGUGGACGAUUUCCUUGCAGCUGAACGCAGGCUGCUUGCGUGCUCUGAGGUGGAGUUAGAAGAUGAAGGUGCCCGUUUACAUGGUCUUGCUAUUCUGCAUCCAUCAGGGCAGAAUGGUGCCUACACGAUUGUGAGAACUGAAGCCUCAGGACAAACAGGCAAGGCGAAACUGGUCAUGGUGAAGCUGAUCUCUGAGGGGAUGACUUGGCAAACCUUGAUCUAUGCUGGCAGCUUCCUUUUUGAGGCCUUCUGGCGGUUGCGCCUUCAGGUGGCUCCAGUCAAGCUGUAUGAUGAUCAUGAUGGCUGCUGGUAUCCGGAUUCAAGGAUCUGGGAGGACAUCACGUUGCAGGAUGUUCCAGUGUUGACCAGUGCUGGACCUCUGGACACGGGAGUGAUGUAUCAACAGCCUCAAGAUGACAUCUCAGGACCUCAGCUCCAACGAGCUAUCGAUGGUUUGGCCUUGAGCCCUUCUGGACCAGAUGAGAUUCUUCUCUCAGUGGCUCAUGCACAGGUGUUGGUUCAGGCUCCGUUGCACCUUCCAAGUGCUGUUCUUCAUCGUUGUGGUCAGUGCUUGGUAUUUCACGGAGUCUUUCAUAGUUGUGGCCAUUGGGCUAUGUUCUCAUGCAUCCGGGCAGCUGACAAGGUUGAAGUGCACUAUUUUGAUGGAGUGAUUCAUUUGCUGGACCAUGAGAUGAGGGGAGUCGGCGAAUGGGCUGGCAGACUCUGGCAUCUCGAACAUGUCGAGGUGAUCUUCGCCAGAAUGGUUGUGCAGCCUCAGCCUCACUUGAGUGCAGCAGUGGCUCUAGCUCAUCUUCGACAGGCCUGUACACUUCUGAGUGCGCCUACGUCGGCUGACCUGGAACAAUGGCAUGAACGGUCGAUGGCGCCUAUGCGGGAGGAUGAUUCCCUGAUGGAGAUUGAGGAUAUCCCAGCCGCGGAAGGGGUUGACUUGUUGGCCAUGGCCAGAUUUGCGGACCAUCUUAUGGCUGAAACCACAGGUGAUGUGAUUUUGAUGCCAGUACUGUUCAGUGUUGCCUUGGGACAUGGAAAUGAAGAGGAGGCAACUGCCUUCCUGCAGAAGCACUUGCCAUUGACCAAGUCGGUUGCUCUCUUGAUUGAGUCAGCGCAUCACUGGCUCCUUCUGGUGAUUCGUGAUUCCAUGGGCUGGAUUGAUGUUGACUACUAUGAUGGACUGCCUCAUGCGCAUGAUCAGGUGGUGACUUCAGUGGCUCAUUGGGCCCAGGACUUGUUAGCAGCCAGAGGCUUUGUGAUCAACUUUGUCACAGCGCUGACUCAGCAGCAGCACGACCAUUGUGGUGUGAUUGCUCUUGCUCAUUUGGCCAUGGUUCUACGACCGGAGGAGAACUGGACUCAAACAGCAUUGACGGACCUUCACCUUCUGCUUCAGGAUUCCUGGGAAGCCAUGCGUCAGAAGCACCCCUGGGCUGAAUUGAAACAGCUUGGAUCUAUGCCCUCAGUGCGCUUUCAGUGGGUGAAAGCUGAUGAACUCAUGAAGCAGGUUAGAGCACGUGCUGAAGAGAACUAUGGAGUGUCGGCAGCCUCCCGUAAGAAGGACAAUCGGCGUGAAAGAGCUGAACCUCAACCGUUGCAGAUCAGUCCAAGUCAGCUUAGCUUGAUUGAAGGAUCAUUUGUUGACUCGGAGGGCAAUGCGUUGCAACAGAUCCAGCUGGCUGAGGUCUCCAGUCAGGCCACUGCAGUGGCAUUUGCAACAGUGGCCGAGGCGGGCCCCUAUCUCAAGGAGGGCAAAAGUUUGAGUCUCUCUCCGCUGGCAUUGUUGACCACUUCACAGGUCCCACAUGAUCUGAUUGGCCUACUUCCAGUUGAUCACAUGCGCUAUCCGGUGCUUUAUCAAGGCACGCAAGAGCCAGUGCUUGUGCAGGGGUCUUUGAUCCAGUUGGGUGAUGAGAAUGUCAGUCGGCACCAUGCCUCCAAUCCUCCAAGUCUGGAUGCUUUGCCCACAGCUACACUGCUGUCCCGUGAUGCUUGUGGUGGAGAUUGUGUGCGACAUCACUGUCCAGUUGACCAAGAUUAUGAAAGCCUGCUCACUGACAUCUGGGAAAGGCGAUGGUCUCGAACUGAUGGAGGUGGUAGGGUGAAGCCAGAAGAUGCGGGCCAAUUCUCAGUGCUGGCCAGAGUGGUCAGCUCAGCAGCAGAACAGGUGCAAAAUCUGUCAGGACAACGUGGUUUCUAUGUGGAGCCUCGGCAGGAUGAUGGAAAAGGACCGGCUGCAGGAUAUGGAGUCAUCUGGUUGAAUCAACAUGGACAUCGUGAAGCUGAGCACAAGAAGAAAACCACUGAUGGGGCGAUUGCUUUGGUGAGAUUGGGCCAACGCUGGGGGCUCAGGUUCAAAGACAGCGACAUGGAGAAGGCCUUUGCUGAGCUUCGACCGCAUGAGACUUAUAUGAAGAUCCAAGUACAAGAGAUCUAUCUGAUGCACCCAUUGCCGCAUGGAACCACGAGGUCUGGUUUGGUAAAGUGUCUGAAGUCUUGGGGCUGGGCAGCCAAGCCAUUGCAACCAGUUCGUGGAGGUCCGGAAGGAGCAGGAUGGCAUGUAGGCAGCGGCUCUCCGCCACCUAGCGCGGUGCUUCAAGGAGCUCAUGGAGACGUUGUGGUCACCAAGGUUCGUUCGGUGGUAAACACCAAGGAAGCUUCGAGCAUCUUGGGCUCGUUCAAGACGAAGACACAUCUUAGAUCGCAGACCAAGACAUCUCAGCCACCACGAGGGCAAUCAAGUGCGAGUGCGUCUAAAGACCCUUGGCUUCAGCAAGAUCCUUGGCAGGCCUUCAAACCCACACAGCCCAAGCCGGUAGGGGGUGAGAUCACGGCCCCGGCCAAGCAAAAGUUGGAGGAGGUGGAGAAGAAGCUUCGUGAUGACAUGAAGUCGGUGGUUCGUAAAGAGCUGGAGGAUCAUGCUGCGUGCUCUGAAGAUGCAGCUAUGCAGACUUCUUGGGAUGCUGAUGUGCGCCUGUGCAAGCUGGAAAGUUCGCUGGGGGAGCUAAAGGCUCAGAAUGUGCGGUAUGACCAAUGGUUUGAGCAUCAAGCACUGGUUCAGACCGAGUUGAACAAUUGA